GGCCAAGCAAUCCGCUCUGUCCAGAUCGCUGCAGACCAAGAACACCGCAGCCAACUCAUGAGCGACCAGCAACCACCAGCCCGGCCCACUGCCGAUCAGUCUCUGCUCGGAAUCCGAGAAAAGCCACCAGCAUCCCUCCUGUUGAACGAGCCGCCCCAAGAGCCGCCCAAGACAUUCAGAAGCACAGGGCCUUCAGAUCUGCUUUCGCGAGUAGGACAGUUCCUGCCCCAGAUUCAAGCAGCCAAUGUGGAGCUUAGUGCCCGAAUCCAACAGGGCGAAAGCGUCGAUAUCGAGCAAAUCGCCGCCAAAGGAGCACGAUACAUUCAGAUGGAUUUGGGGCUCGGCGUAUUCGAUGUCGAGCCCAAGGCUCGAGAGCGCACCGGGGACGAAAUCACUCUGAACCCGAAUGAGGCCGCCGAACGGGGGACGGCUCGCAAGAGGCCCAAAAUCCAAGUCCUUGGCUCCGAGCCGUCUGAGGCGCCAGAGUCUUUGCAAAAGCGGCAGAAAGUUCCGCAAGAGGGUGAUUUAGAUCGAAACCAAAGCUGCAACGAAACCGCAUUGGACGGGACGGGCAUGGUCCAGUCCGACGAUGAAGCUGAAGACGAUGUCGAGAAUAACGCUGAAUAUGAUAGUGAAGAGGAUAGUGAUGGUGGCGAGAGUAGUCCAGAUGAGGACGAAGAUGAAGACGAAGGCGAGGACGAAGAUGACAGCGGCACCGACGAUAGCGAUGAAGAAGGCAGCACAGAUACGGCUGGUGGACAGCAUUCUCGAACGGAGGAACUCGGCAAUAGAUGACCAGACAGCUAGUCUGUCGUGGAGUGUCAUCAUAUCUGUAUCUCCUCACAGCACAAAUACAACUUCCACAGAAUGUGACGGCCACACUGCCUCUAUGGAUCUUCUUCUGGAUGAAAAUACAUCGAUUCGCAUCAGACCUGGCAUGGCCGAUCAC